AUGGAGACAAACGGCUACCCCACCCCCAAUGGUGUUGCAAGGGGAUCGAAAGGCAUGUCUAGCGCAAAUGGAUAUAAAGCCCCCCAGCCUAGGGUUUUGACUGUCGACGAGGCCUUGCCAUUAACUCCGUUUACCUCGGUGAUCCCAUUUAACUCGGAUAUUGUACCACUUCCAUCAGUUGGACUUAGAUCCUCCGUCUCAUUGUUUCCGACACCAGUUGACCGCGCCAAAGCUAGACAAGCUCUGGACAGCUUGAAUAGCGAGGCUUCCGACCCUCAUAACACAUCGCGGAGGCUACAGCAGACCUUGGAUGACUUAAAGGAACUUCUGAAGCCGGAGGGAAUUGCGAAUUUCACAUUCAAGACUUCCUCCAAGUUAUCCUCUGGCCCUGAUCUGAGCGAACAACCGAAUGUAUCCUUAUCCCCAUUUGCCCGAAGGGUUCUCGACCAGACAUCUAUUGAUUUCACAUGUCCACCCCCCGAACAGCCUAGCCCUAGGGAUAUUGGUAACGAAACUGGACCGCUAAAAUACCCCCCUCCAACCAAGGCCAGACCGCCGCAGAACCAACGCGCUGUUACGAACGAUGCCGCUCAUGCGACGAAUUCGAAUAUUAAAGUCGACACUCCAAAUAUUAGAGCUGAUAAGUUGCACAUUAAAGCUCAGGCUUCAAAGGAAGAGCCCGUGUCUCAAUUUGCAACCCCACCUCGACCCUCGCCCGCUCGCGCCAACUCCAACUCGGGCAUAGCCGUGGUUAUUCCAGGCUUACCAGGUAACUUCCGGCGUGAAGAGUACGCUCCUGGAAAGAGCUCAAGUAAUAAGAGCUUGAAGCCGGUAGCUCAGCCUAUAUCUCGUACCCCUUCCCAACCGCCGAGUCAACGAUAUUCACCAGCCGUACCACCAUCAACGAUCAUUGUGCAGCUUCCUCCUCAUCCUAUAGCCCAGCCUCAGACUCAGACUCAAAGUCAUUCACUACCUCCCCCGCAAGCUCAUUCUCAUUCUCAGCACCUAUCUAAGCCACAGACUUCCCGUCAACAACAGGCCCCUGCUCCACCGACUGUGCUACCAAAGGAAUCUGCCCCAGGAGGUUUAGCAGUUGUCAUUCCCGACUUACCUCUUACUUUCAAUCCCCAGGAUUACGAAGUUAUUCCUGAUUCGCCUGAUACCCCGCAGCACCUAUCAAGGAAAAGAAAGCGAUCUGACAUCGACGGAUAUGAAGAUGAUCUAGCUAUGAGCAUAGAUCAGCGUGAGAAAGCUGAUACAGCUGCGCGGAAUUUACGGGAGUAUCUUCAAGAGAUAUUUGAAGCUGAAGAUCAGAUCCAAGCUGAUAAUGGUGUAUCAAACGCCAUUUUCACGAUAACCAGCGACGGGAUUGGCCUCAACUCUGUGGCUCAAACAAGGGUUGAAAGCUUGUUACAGAAAAUUAUCACUAUGGGCCGCUUCACCCAAGCACCGCUUGAUGAGUUAUUACGGCUUCAGAAGCUCUGCGAAGGAACCCUCAGAGACGCCGAAACACUUGACAUAAAAUUCAACGACACGAUGGGAGAAUCCGAGGUAGAGGGAGCGUUGCAGCAGAUACCUAAUGCUGAGCUCGGACUCAAGGCAGCACGUACUUCGUUACGAUUGAUGUCAGGUGGGCGUGAAGACAAACAACUGUACUCAGAAGAUGUUACACAGGCAGCCUUGGAUGUGUUUAGGAACGUCGUGGACAACUGCAUAGUUCCAAUCGUGGAAAUGCGUAGCUCCGGUACUUCUGCCGAAACAUUCAAAUUGCUAUCCGCCCAAAAGAAACCUAUCGCUAACCUUCUCACGCAAUGCCGCCGAGUCUUGUCACUUUUAGCCACUCUUGUGGCUAGCGUCGAGCUGUCGGAAACCGUCAUUAAUACCCUCGAGUUUACUGCAUCGCGCUUAAUUUUUGUCGAAAACGCUCCUUUCGAGCGUGACUCGGUUCUUGGAGUUGCGAAAUUUGACGGCUUGAGAGUAGUGGCAAUGGACACUCUUGCGCAGAUCUUCCUCUGCCAUCCUGCGCAAAGGCAGGGUAUAUUUGACGAAAUCCUUACCUCGUUAGAGAAGCUCCCUGUCACAAGACAGAGCGCUCGCCAAUUCAAGCUCGCUGAGGGUGGAAGCAUCCAGCUUGUGUCGGCAUUGAUUAUGCGUCUUAUUCAGACCAGCGCUAGAAAGCCUGACGACGAGAAACAAAACCGGAGAACCAAAGCUCUGGAAGCCCUGAAUGGUGACGACCAAGAUAUUCAGCCUGUCAAGAGCGAUAUCAAAGAAGCUUCUGGUGGGCACUACACUAUCCAUUCGGAAACGCGUGCGGAACAACAACCCGUGACAGCAGUUCAAGAGCUUAGAGAUCUUGUUUCACCAUUGCUAGACACUGCUAAAGGCAACGCAAGUUAUGUUGUACAAUUUAUCGUCAACAGAGCCAUGAAAUCAACUAAAACUGGCGAUGCGCCUUAUCGAAAUCUUCUCGAUCUAUUUGUUGAGGACUUCAUCACAUGCCUGAAUUCAACAGACUGGCCCGCUGCAGAGCUUUUACUACGCCUAUUUCUGUUCAAGAUGGUAUAUCUAGCGGAAGGAGAUAAGACGCCAGCGCCGGCGAAGAAUAUGGCUCUCGACCUUCUAGGUUUGAUGGGUGCAGCAAUAUCCGAGCUCAACUCCCAUGUUCGAAAAAGUGCCACCUCUUUGGAUGGUGGUGAUGAUUUGGCCAGAUACCUUACGAAGCUAGCUUACACUUCACUCGAAAAGAGUGCUUCUCCUGCGGACCUUGUGUCAUGGCCCUGUGGCCCGUUCCGUGUAUCGCUGGAAUUUCUAGAUGAGCGCUGCUCCGCCGACCCCCAACUCCACAGCGCUGUUGGAUUUUUCAUGGCGCAGUGGGCUUCCAAGAUUUUUGUCACCUAUGACUCGAUCAAUGACGACGAUGAAGAAGGCCAGCAGACCGACCGAGAAUAUGGACGCCUCGCCUAUCGACUGCGAAUGAUGAUUGCCGAUAGAAGAUGGCUAUCUACAGAAUAUAGCUUCGACUCAAUCAGCCCGCCACAUGCGCGUCUUGCGUACUCCUUGACUUUGCUUCAUUCUCAGUUUUGCCAGUCAUUCGGACGAGUUCUCACUAUCCUACUUGGAUCUAUGACCAGUGAACAGGCAACGGUACGCAGCAAGAGCCUCAAAAGCGUCAAUCAAGUCUUGGACACUGAUCCUACUAUACUUGAUCGUGAGCCGGCAGUGAAGCUAUUGAUAUUAAGAUGUUCAAAUGAUCCAUCCAUUCAGGUCCGCGACUCGGCUCUAACGUUGGUCGGAAAAUGUAUCAGUUUGCGGCCGGCUCUUGAAGCAGAGCUGACUCCCGGCAUUUUGCAGCGAGUAAAUGAUAGCGGUGUGGGCGUCCGUAAGCGUGCCAUGAAGUUAGCAAAGGAUAUCUAUCUAAGGAACUCCAAUCGCGACGUGAGGAGUUCCAUCGCAGAUUCGCUACUCCAUCGCGUCGCAGAUCUAGAUGAGGGUGUACAGGAACUAGCGCGGCAGACUAUCGAAGAGGUUUGGAUGUCUCCAUUUUACCAAUCGACGGCCGGCGACGAUUCUUCAGCUCAAUUCAAACUGGCCAUGGCUGAACACGUUGCCCUCAUGGUUAAGACAGUCCAAAGAGGUAGCGGUGUAUCGAAUGUCUUGGAUAAGGUUCUACAGAACAUGCUGGCCGACAAUUCCAAGUCUGCAGCCGCAAACUUCAGAGUGUGCAAAAAUCUUGUUGCUACGAUGUUUGAGACCAUUAUCGAUAACUCUGCUGAGCAAGGGAGUGACGCACCAUCGGCUCGUGACGCUUUACAACUCCUGAUGAUUUUCGCCAAGUCAAAUGCCAAGCUGUUCACUGCAGAGCAAAUCCAACUUCUGCAGCCCUAUGUUUCCAAUGUAGGUACUGGAGAUGACUUGGCCAUCUUCCGGUCCGUGGUAGUGAUCUUUCGUCAUGUUCUGCCACAUCUCUCUCGAGUCCACAACAACUUCCUUGCUGCUGUAAGGAGGGAGUUGAUCGUAACUGUUGGCCGCAUGACGCGAGCAAUUCUAGAUGAUGUGGUAGCGUGCUUAUGGAUCAUCAGCAGCGUUCUUGAGGAUUUUCAGCAUCUUACCAAAAUGGCGUUGUCAAGCUUGCUCAAUAUUCAGAAUAUGAAAGGAAUGGAUUUGAACAAACCGGAAAACUCCGACGCCGUACGAAAGCUGGGUAGGCUCUUGACUCUAGGCGGCACCUUAGGGAAACACUGUGACUUUGAUCCUCAAAUUGAAAGUUUUAAGGAGAGGUUCCGGACGUGGAAGGACAAUUCGGUCUCGAAAUUGAUGGCAGAUACGUUUGCGCCUUUUGCUUCACCUUCACAACCGCAGGAUGUGCGAAAAACUGCGCUAGAGGCUAUUGGGAUGGUGUGUCAAUCCUGGCCAAAGAGCUUCUCAUCCGCAAACAUUUAUACCUCUUUUCUAGAAGUAUUCGGCGAGAAGAAUUCUGCCCUUGAGGCUGUUGUUAUGAGAGCAUUCAAGGAUUUCUUAUUGCUCGAGGAGAAGCGCUCCGAAGCUGGAAAUGAAGCUUUACCCGGUGCGGCUGCAGAUCCUACUGCAAAGCUGGGGGUCAUGGGUGGCUCUCAGGGCGACGGAGUUGCUAUUGGAAUUGCUCAACGAUUCUUACCACAUAUUAUACGCAUUUCUCUUGCUGGGCAAGAUGAACAAGCUCUCCUUGCAACAGAAGUCGUCGCUAGCAUCGCUCGUCAAGGUCUUGUCCAUCCAAAGGAAUGUGGACCAACUCUUAUUGCACUAGAGACUUCACAAAAUGCGAAAAUCGCCGAGCUCGCGUAUAGAGAGCAUCGCGCGCUCCAUGAGAAACACGAGACAAUUCUAGAGAAGGAAUAUAUGCGGGCCGUUCAUCUUGCAUAUGUUUAUCACCGAGACAUUGUUGGAAAUACCAAUGGCGCGACUCUCGAUCCGUAUACUUCGAAGCUUCAUCUAAUGAUGGAUGUCUUGAAGAUAAGCAAAGUCAAAAAUCGGAAGAAGUUUUUCGAGACACUGUGCUCCCGCAUCGACUUCCACCCGUCCAAGAUUGAUGUAGUCAAGGAACUCCCAGAGCAUUUAGAGUUCUCUCAGUUCAUUAUUGAAAAUCUAGCAUUUUUUGAGUAUCAAUCUGUCGAUGAACUCCUAGCUACCAUCACUGCAAUGGAGAAGGUAGUCGCGGCCACGGGUACUGGAAUUGCGCAUUCGAUUGAAACCGAGAUUUUCCGCGUUAGCCUGGAUCAGCCUCCGCCAAUCGACCAAACCCAGAUCAACGAGCACAAUCAUGGACCACCUGCCCAGCCCGAAGUCGAUCCCAUGCGGUUACGGCUUUUAACUGCUUCUUCAAUGAUGCUUUCCAGUCUCUGGGAAGCUCGGACGUUCCUCAGACGUCUAUAUGGCCUCAUGAACAAUCGACGAGACAGCAAAGGCAAAGCCGUUCCCAAGGAUCUGAAUAGAACGCCCACCAAGGUUCCGUUUGUUACGGGCGAUAAGUUUUGGGAGGCAAGCUCAUCAACUAUGUCAGCUCUAGAUUCCGAAGACAGCAUGCUAAAGCAAUGUCGCACCUUUGUUGAGCUCCUCACGGUGGAUCACGACUUCAAGAUCGCUGCGGAGGGCGACGAUGAGGCCGACCAGGCGAGGCUUAGUACACCUAGCGAUGAUGAAGAGAAUAAUCCUUCGGGGGCGCCGGGUGGUAGUGGGAAGGGACGCAAGAGAAAAGCUGUUGGCGCUGCGCACGGCCGGAAGAAGCGAGCUCGAUCAUCAUCUGUUAGUAAUGGUCGUGCGCGCCCAAAACUCAACGGAAAGCGAGGCAGCGUAGAGAGCGGCGAAGAACUGGGAUAG